AAUAUUCUGAUGCCUCGACUGCAGUCUUGUGUAAUAAAAAAAAAAGGCACAAACCAAUUCGUCGAGAGGCCGAUUCGGGGACCGUUGAAGCCCAAGACGCUGGCAGGCCUCACUCAUUCUUAGGCCGCCGUGUCCCAAGCUCAUUUGACGACGCCGAUGUGGUAGGCGGGGAUAUACCGACCGAUAUUCACUCAUUCAAGUUGCGUUUGCUCGAGGGGGAAAUUUGGGUUUGUGGCGCACGGUGAAGUUGGUCGAUCCGUGUCAUCCCUGGCCGUCCCCGUCCCCGAUUCCUCCGGCGUCCUCACCUCACCCGCCACCACCACACGACAUCCCCGACCGCCUUUUGGCGUGGUGUCUUCAUGGCUUCCUCGGAGAUCGACCAAAAAUUCCUCGGGAAGCUCGCCAAGGCAGUCGAGCAGGACAAUCCCCUAUUGGCGUCAGUCUUGUUCAGGAUCCUGGGGCUUUCCAUCAACCUCUCCGCUCAGUUGAUCAAGGCACGGAAACAGCGCCGACAAGAUGCCGCCCAAGCAGCAUCCAGCCUGGACCUAACCUACCAUAUCGUAUGGCUGUCGCGCGAAGGGCUGGUUCUGCUCCAACAAUACGUCUUGCCCAUGGUCGGAAAUUAUGUCGAACUCAAAGUACUGGCGUACAAGCUGCGUGCUUCGUUUUACCACAUUUUCGUCCUCUUCCACAACUCCCCACCCGUCCCCGCCAUGGGCGUCAACACCCCGGAGGUCCAGUCAUCAACAACAGCACCUGGCUCAUCAACACGUCCCGACAAGGGAAAGGGGGUCGCGAGGGACGACCAAGAGGGGAAUACGUCCAAAGGCGGACCGGUAGGCCCUCCACCCGGCUUCGGGCCCACACCACCAACAGCGUUCCUCAUGAGGCCUGGCGACUAUCUCCCGGAAGCGCACCAAUACUUCCGAGAGGCCGUCCACCUCGCCGACGAGUUAUUAUGGGGCUCCCAUUCGCUCCGCCUGUCCGUCAAGACCGAAUACGCCGCGUUCCUCUACGAGUGCGUCCACGACGUCGAGAGCAGCCGCCAGAUCGCGAAGGAGACCAUCGCGGAGGUCUACGAGGCCACCGAGGGCAUCGACAACGACAUGUUCAACGACGCAUGCGAGCUGGUGACGGUGCUGGGGAAGAUGAUGAAGCGGGGGCUAGGGUCAAACACGACCCUGAGGAGCAAGGCGCAAGGGGGGUCAAGCUCAGGGACACAAGGGACGCCACGGGCGGAGCAGGGCGAGGCGACCGCGCCGCCGGGCGUGCCCCCGGGCAUGAUAUAACACCCGCACCCGGCCGCCACCACCACCACCCCGACUCAAUCAACCACGUCUGGGACCACUACACUAAUACCGCACCUCGAACCGUCACAUACAUAAUCACCAUCCUCCACGCCCACACACGCUCACCAACCAGGCAUUGAGUCACCCCGCCCUCUCCCUCCCUCCCGACGCCAUUAUAUAUAUAUCCCACCACCAAAAGCCCACCACUU